AUGCCACGAACCGUUGUGGCUUACAACAUCGGCCACGAGUUCCACCAUCAUCCAACAUUGGACUCACAUCCUGAAUGCCCGGAUAGACAUCGAUUCAAAUUUUCGGAAGAUCUCUUGAGUCUGCUGGACCCACAUUAUUUGAGAAUUCUUUCUGAAACAUCGGACUGUAGUCAAGAGACACUGAUCAAUCUAGCUGCUGAUUAUGAUUCGGUGUAUUUCAAUAAGGGUACACUGACAGCAGCGUUAGCCGCUGCUCAAGUCGUCUCAGAGCUGACCGGACAGAUCUUGGAUGGACAGUAUCGCAAUGGGUUUGCCAUCGUCCGCCCACCAGGCCAUCACGCCACCUUUAAAACGCCCUGUGGCUUCUCAUUCAUCAACAAUGUAGCAAUCGGAGUAAAGCGCGCGCUGGAUCAUGGUCUUAAAAAAAUAUUAAUCGUCGAUCUUGAUGUCCAUCAUGGUAACGGGACGCAGGAGAUGUUCUACGAAGAUGAUCGGGUCCUCUUUAUAUCCCUGCAUCGUUAUGACGACGGUUUCUUCUGGCCUCAUCUCCGCGAAUCGGCCGUUGAUCAUAUUGGUGCUGGGCCAGGCAAGGGGUUCAACAUCAAUCUUCCAUUAAGGCGUGACGAUGUCGACUCAACCUAUCAGACCCUAUUUAACGAGAUCGUCUUUCCGAUCGCUUGUCAAUUCGACCCCGAGCUCGUGUUCAUUUCGGCUGGCUUUGAUUGCUUACACGCCGAUCCGCUUGGACAGCUUAACGUGACAGCAUCAACCUAUUCUUGGAUGGUUCAACAACUUGCUGGAUUGGCUGGCGGAAAAUGUUUGGCCGUUUUAGAAGGUGGCUACAAUUGGAGCGGAACCGCUGAUGCCAUUGUUGAAUGCAUUCACGCACUACUCGGCAGCUUUCGCCCCCGCUUGCUCCCUACUUUCGAGGAAAAGCUCAAAUUCUGGCAUGAAUAUCCUCCCAUCGAAUGUCUCCUCCCAGCAAAGGCCUAUUUAUCCAAAUAUUGGACUUGCUUGCAAAAUGACCUCCAGCCCCCGAUCAAAGUUCGACCUCCAGCUGAACUAAAAGCAGUGCAGAAAGUGCCUCAUCCAGUUGAAAACAAUGGUCGGGAAACUGUACAAGAGAUCGAUGAGCGGGAGGGUGACGAAAAUGUGAAAAUGCCUAAAGAUGAUACAGAAGUUUCCAUGCCAACUUCGCCACGAAAGGAAACACACGAUGUGGACAUGUUGCUAAAAGAUGAAGAGGAAACUAUGAAAAUGAUAGUGGAAAAGUCUCCUGCAUCACAACAUCAAAAUUCGAAUGGUAUUCCGGAUCCGAAUCUAGAGUCUGAGCAUAAGGAGCAAGAGGCUACGGAAAUGGGAGUUGCACCAAAGAAGCAAGUCACAAUUCAGGGGCUUGGACCUACACGGCCCCGUAUACCAGAAAACGCCGGGGCUUCUGCUAGUGGUGUUGAUCCUGAAGAAGCUGUACGUCCUGAUCAAACCGAUGAUUCGGACACAGAAAGAGAGGAUGAAGAAGGCUACUACAAAGUGCUCUUCCGCCCUCCAGGACCCAAUAAUCGACCUCCAGAUAACGUCCGUGUCCGGCAAGCCGAUCAAACAAUGCGACCUCACGAACCUCGUCAGCCCAUUUUUGCCCUGCUCCACCAACGAAAAUUUGCGGGCAGCCCUAUGCUCAAUCAAAUUGAGCGCAAGUUGAGCACUGAUGAGGCAGACAUCAAUUGGGCUGAUAUACGCGAUAGUAUAGAGCAUUUUGACAAUACCGAUCUAUCUUCUUCGAUUUCUGAAGGCGACAAACCUUUGUCUAAAUCUAUCGCUGAACUUUUUGAAUCGGUCUUGGAUAAGUUGCUCGAACUCAGUGCCAAUAGUCCGAUUUGUGCGACAUUUCUGGUGACGCCACGUACCGAUUUGUCCCGACACCUCUAUGCUGCUGCUUCGAGUUCUUGGGAAAAGAAAAUUAAUGUAAAAACGGAUGAAGCUAUUGCCUCGUUUGGACCGAUUCAUUGGUUAUCACUGCCCGGUCUCACGACCGCUGAUAGAUGUCUACUCUGGCAGCAGAUUUGCUUGCCAGCUAUACUAGAAAAGCGUCCUAAAGGAAUUAUGAUCUUUGCUGGGAUUGGGCGAAUCUUCUUUGUGCACCAAUCGCAACCUGAUUCGGAUGACACUUCUACUUUGUUACAAAUGUUGCAAACGGUUCGCCGGCAAUACAUCAACGGAUCGACUAAUUAUUUGAAGGGAGAGAAACCGUCCCAACAAUUUCUGGAGAUCCGAGAUCAAAUCAUCAAACAACACAAUCUCUCCGCGUUCAAAGUCCUCCAAAAACCCAUCAAACUGCAACACCCAAGAUCGAGCCAUGCUGGCGACCCGGAA